CAUUGGUAAAACUGCAACAAAUUUGAGUUGUUUACAUCAACAUGGCGGAAUAUGGUGAAGGAACUGAGGGCCGAAGAAAAUGGUUUAUACCUUUAGAGAAGACGGUCUUGACAGCGUUGAUAGAGCAACACAAAGAUGUCGUGGAGUCUAAGAAAAGAGACGGAGCGUCUAACAGGGAGAAAGAACAAGUGUGGGAAGUGAUAGCGGCCCAGUUUUCAGCUCAUCCCUCCACUCAGCCCAGGAGCAGCCGGGAGUUAAGACGGUGCUGGGAAAACAUGAAAGCACGAGCCAAGAAGGCGCUGGAGAACGAUAGAGGAACACGAAACGGAUCUGAGGAUAAUCGAUCUCUACCAUCGUCUGUUACACCAGAAGUAGAAGCUGUUCUCAAUGUGCUCAAUCCUUACGAUGAUGUAAAAAAUGUUGUGGUGAAUCCCCAGGACAUGGUUCCAGAUUGUUUGAUGCCAGAAACCUCGACAAACUCUGCUGUCAGAAUGGAUGGUUUUCAGACUGGGCAAUCUUCUGCAUCAGAUACUUCUCAGAAUUGUGAGCAAACAUCUUAUUAUGAGAAGCCAAACUCUGAUUUAACUCCAAACAUUGGCCCAUCAAGACGAACAAGAAAACAAAAAAUGGACCAGUUAUGUGAUGAGGAUAUUCUUCUUGCUCAAAUGCAAAUGCAACAAGCCCAACUUUCAAUAGAAAAUUUAAGAUUAGAGCGUAAAACUCUACAAGAAAAGUAUCAGCAGCAGCGGGAAGCUCACGAGUGGCAGCGACAGCAGCACGAGGCCAAUUUAAAUUUGGCAAUGUUGCAAAUAAAGUUUUGGGAAAAGAAAACUGGUUAUGGAGACAUGGAAACAUAAUACAGAACAAAUACUAGAUAAUAAUGGGAAAGUUAAUAUAAAGCAUUGUUUGAAAAUUUCUGUGAAAUUUUAAAGUAGUCUUCAAAAAAGAAUGCUACUGUAGAUUGUGAUGGUGUAAAAUGUAGAAAGUACCUGAAAAACUUAUUACCCGGUAAAUACAUUUGAGAAAUAUUAGUGUGGUGGUGUUGGUAAAUACAUUGACUUGAAUGAUGUGAACGCAUAUUGCUCAGUGAAAUGAAGUUCAAUUGUGUAUGUGGUAUAUCUAAAAAUAUAAAGUAAAUGUAUGCAUGUAUAUUAUGUAUAUAUAUAUACACCGGUAAAUUUAUAUACAUUAUACAGUUUGUAUAUAAAUAUGGAGAUUGGCUGAACAUACUGUAUGUGAACAGUUACAGCUUAUAGGUGGACAUUGGUAUACCUGCAAUACAGUACAGUAUAUAUAAUAUACUGGCACUCAAAACUUGCAAAAUAGAUUGUUCUAUAUUUUAUAAUUUUAUUUUCUUAAGAACUAGUAUGCACAAGUUUAUGGAUGAAAUCCAUAAUUUUUUUAUAUACUAGCCUUAAUCUUAUUUGCUAAUUGGUUUAUAGUUUUUUAUGCUGCCAAAGUUGCACAUAAAUUUACUCAAUAUGGUGCUUGAGGAGUAAUUGUUUACUCCUUUUUUUAGCAAUAAACUAUUGUAAAAUUGGCAUUGUUUGGUGGUACCACAGAUUUUGGCCUCCUGAAACUUUUGUUGAUGUUUGCAUGGAAAAAUACAAAUCAGGUUAUAAGAAACACUUGAAUUUGCCAGUCAAAGGCACACAUUUAUAAACAGGUGUUCAUACUUUGUGUUUGUGACAUACGCAGUAUGCUUGAUGUACCUCUAGCAUACAGAGAUUGGCUUUAUUCCAAAUGUUUUCAAACCCAUGUGCCUAUUGCGGAGUGUAAAUGAAUAGUGCUCUGCUUCUUGUGAAAUAAUUUCUACAUAUUCUUUGGCACCCACUGUCAUGUUUGAUCGAGAAUAAGUUGGUUUUAUUGCAUGCUCAAAUAAUACCAUUAUCUUGGGAUACAAUGACAUUAAACACUUACACACAGUUGUACUGUAUAUAGUAUAUUUAUACAUAGUUAAACUUUUAAAGUACUGUACUCGAUGUAUAUAUAUUUGUGCCGAAUACGCCAUCUCAUGCUGUGCAGUGAGAUGGUUCAAGCUAAGCCUCUGCAUUUUCCUCCACAAAGGUACUACUGCUAUUACAUGAAGUGUGUCUCCUGUCAUAACUUUUACUCUGUCUUGAAAUUUUCUACUCAUCUCCUCCUGAAUAUGUUUUGAGCUAUACAGCUGUUCUAUUUAAAACUUUGUAAAACCACUUUAACAUUAAUAUAAAGUGGAGAACAUUUUGAUUACUUAGUGUUUGUUCUCUCAUAAAGUGUGGCAACUGCUUAGCUCAGGGAGUUUGGUGCUCACUUGGGCCUGUGAAAGAUUAUAAGUAGAAUGGGGGGUCUUAACACUUUCUCUGCCUAAUGCCGCAUAUUCCGUCAUCAAACCAAAAUACGGAGUAUGUGGGAUGACGCGAAUGGCAUCAUGUAAACAUUUUGCAAUGGUUUAUUAUUAAGUAUAAACAUUGUGGGUGAAAGAGUUUUAACAUUGGGUUAUGUGCUCACCGGGAAUGCUAAGCCUAUCUUCAGGUGCGAUUUGGGUGCCCUGCCGGGCCAGCGAAAGUUUUAACGGUGAUCAUUUUUUUUCUUAUGUAACAAUAUUGAGCUGAUAAACAUUUGUGCAGUUAUCAGAUAUAAGGGUUUUUUAUUGUAUUAGCAGAUGUCCUAUGUUAAAAAGUUUCACUGCUGAUGCAGCAUUUUUAUACCUUGCAGUAUUUACUCAAAUAAUUCCUCAUAUAUAUAUAUAUAUAUAUAUAAAUAUGUCGUACCUA